AACGAAGACCACACUUAGCUAACAUUUAGAUAGACUUUCAGAAACAAAAUGGCCUACGUGGGUCUUAGGAAACCACCACGACCCACAGUCAGGGUUUACAAUGAUUCGGACUAAAACGAACGUUUACUGAACCAGAACAGUUAUAGCUUUACGAUGUUACAAUCAAACUUUCGAAACACGAAGUUUAAACUUCUGUGUAUAAUGAUUGUAGCAUUAUUUGAUGCUGUGAUAUCUGAUGGACCUUACGGUUGCGAAGAUUUGGAUUUUGGAAUUUACGAGUGUGAUUUCCGUUUAGUUAGCACACCCUUUAAUUCUGCCGAUUUCUUUCCGCAAAAGCCACAACAGCUGACUCUGAAAUAUGUAAAUAGGCCUUUGACUUCAGGACUUUUUGCUGCAUUCGCUGAUAUAGACACGGAUUCGUUUGUUAUGGGUGGUGAACCAGCCAGAUUGGAUAUAGUUUGCUCUUACGGUGUCUCACUCAUGAUGGACCCUGGUGCGUUUACCGGGCUUAACUGGAUUCAAGCUGUAAGCUUCAGCAGAUGUCAACUGGUAACAUUCCCCGAGUCGGCCUUUGCUGCCUUUGGGACCCUAGACAGUCUCGCAUUCUAUGGUGGAACACUGGGCAACGUAGACAGAGAUGGCCUCAAAGGUUUAAAUAUUGCCGAAGACACGUCUUUAUUUGAUCCCAAGGGGGAGAUCGUGUUUGAUAGAGCCCAGUUCUCAAGCGGCAGAAUCCCCUUUAGCUUCCUCUCACACGCUAAGAAUGCUAGCAGUGUCAUCCUCAACUCGAAUGGUGUGAAGACAAUUGAUGCGUUGGUUUUGGACGGAUUCUUCGAUCUGAAGAGACUAACUCUCAGUGGCCAGCAGUUUGAUUCCUUGCCCAGCGACACCUUUUACGGCCUGGAUGGAUUGGGUCAUAUCACUAUGGACCGUAUGCCUUGGGAAUGCACAUGCGAGAACGCCUGGUUCUUCACGUGGGCGUUCGUGCGGAAGGCCACAUUGGAAGGUGAUCUCAUUUGUAAUGGACCAGCCGACUAUAAAGGUCAGAGGUUCAGAGUAUUUAACAAUGUACUUUGCCCCUCAGUAGACGAGGAUUCAACAGCAACAAGUAUAGAUCUAUUUGGGAUUAGCAUGGAGAUUUAUGAUCUUGUGAGUUAUUGUGUUACUAUCAUCGCAUUGGUAAUAUCAAUUAUUGGACUGGCUAUUGCCUGUCACAACAAGAAACGACUAUCAAGAGUCACCCCCGUGGAAACACUUACAUCGGUCAAGAUUGACAAGACAAACCAAAGUAAAGUAACAGGGGGAGUGAAGGGAAAAUUUCAGACAGCUGUUAAGAAAAUCACGAAACCAGUUGGUAAAAGUAAGGGAAAUGCAUGGGGAUAAUACAGAUGAACUAGUGCAUACAAUGAAAUAGUGAAUACAAUGAAUUAACUAGUGCAUGGGGAUAAUAAGAAUGAAAAAGUGCGUGGGAUAAUACAAUGAAAUAGUACAUGGGGAUAAUAGAAAUGAAAUAGUGCAUGUGAUAAUACAAUGAAA